AUGGAGAUGCCCCAAGACAAUGGAAUGAUAGGCGACCUGCAAGAAAUGUCAUCCCUCACAUACCGGCAACGUUUUGUGGGUUUCUUUGCCACGCUUGGUAUGGGACUGUGCUUCAUCGCAAUCGCAGCUUUUUUUGCGCCGACAGUUGCCAUCUUCCCGAAGAAGUUUACUUUCUUUCUCACGGCAGGAAACGUUUUUUGUGUGGGAUCCACCGCUUUUCUGGUGGGGUUCCAAAAGCAGCUUCGUUCCUUUUUCGAUGCAAAACGCCUAGAGGCGGCCGUCAUGUACGUUGUUGCCACCAUCCUUACGCUUAUGGCUGCGUUGUACUGGAAGUCGAGUUUUUUUUCAAUUUUUUUUGCCGUCGUGCAGGUGUUUUGUUUGCUGUGGUAUGCGCUGAGUUACGUACCCUUCGCGCGUCGCGCCGUUGGGCUCGUUUUUUCGUAUGUGUGGUUUAUUGUUUGGCCUGUACUUCGUGUUGUGUAUCAGGCGCUGCGGCAGUGCUGCGGGGCAAUUCUCUCCCGCGCGAGAUAG